AUGCAGAAUUGGGAAGCCCGGAGGUUCUCGCACUCGAGGUCGUCCCGCAGGCCCUGCAAAGGUGGGCAAAGACGUGCACGGGAGCAGCAGACUCCUGACAUUGAAUCAUCCCCAGGUGUGACAGAGGUGACCAUCAUAGAAAAUUCUCAUCUUCCAAUGAAGAAAAAUAACUGCGUGCUGCCCGAGGAUAUCAAGAAUUUUUACCUGGUGACCAACGGCUUCCACAUGACAUGGAGUGUGAAGCUGGAUGCCAGUGAGAACCAGCCAGAGAAGCCCCACUUUGACGCUCGCAGUGUGAUAUUUGAGCUGGACCCUUGCAACGGGAAUGGGAAGGUUUGCCUCGUCUACAAAAAAGGGAAACCAGCAUUAGCGCAAGACACUGAGAUCUGGUUCCUGGACAGAGCACUGUACUGGCAUUUCCUCACAGAUACCUUUACCGCCUAUUACCGCCUGCUCCUCACGCACCUGGGCCUGCCCCAGUGGCAGUAUGCCUUCACCAGCUAUGGCAUCAGCCCACAGGCCAAGCAAUGGUUCAACAUGUAUAAGCCCAUCACCUACAACACGAGCCUGCUCACUGAAGAGACUGACUCCUUUGUGAACAAGCUGGAUCCUAGCAAAGUGUUCAAGAGUAAGAACAAGAUCUUAAUCCCCAAAAAGAAAGGGCCUGUUCCAUCUGCAGGCAGCCAGAAAGGGCCCUUGGGUCCUCCCUCCACCCCUCCCACCCCUAAGUCCUCCUCUGGAAACCCUGUGCGGAAAUGA